UUUCUGUGUUUUGAUUACAGGAGACCUCUUAAGUACUUGAAUGGGAAGCCUGACUGGGAGAUGUUAGAUUUGCUGAGGGUGGUUUACAAAGUUGUAAUACUGGUUAUUUUCCGAUUAGCCCCUUGUGCCUCCUGCGUUCUGAAUGUGGACAGCUUGAUGGGCUGCUUUCCCUCGAAGACAAGGAAACAUACACCUGGUUAUGAGGAGCCAACAGUUCUUGCCUCGGAAACAUCUUUUACAGUUAGUGAAGUAGAGGCUUUGUUCCAGCUAUUCAGAAAACUAAGCAGUUCCAUUAUUGAUGAUGGACUCAUUAAUAAGGAAGAGUUACAGCUUGCAUUAUUCAGGAACAGAAACAAGAAGAAUCUCUUUGCCGACAGGAUAUUUGACUUGUUUGAUGUAAAACGGAAUGGAGUUAUAGAAUUUGGAGAGUUUGUCCGGUCAUUGAGCAUAUUUCAUCCAGAUGCCCCAGUAUCCGACAAAAUUGAAUUUGCAUUUAGGUUAUACGAUCUGAGGCAGACAGGUUUUAUUGAGAGAGAUGAGCUAAAGGAGAUGGUAGUGGCACUCUUGCAUGAAUCAGAUCUGAUACUUUCGGAGGAUUAUAUAGAACUGAUAGUGGAUAAGACAUAUACAGAUGCAGAUGCAAAAGGGGAUGGAAGAAUUGAUCGAGAGGAAUGGAAGGAAUUUGUAUCAAAAAAUCCUUCUUUGAUUAAAAACAUGACCCUACCAUAUUUGAAGGAUAUAACUUUAGCCUUCCCCAGUUUUGUCCUACAGUCAGAAGUUCAGGAUUUUGAAAUGUAGAGUUUCGUUAUCUCACUUUUUGCAAAAACCAAUUUUGCCGCUAGACUAUUCCCGGGACUGCAAAUGAAUCCUUGUUCCAAAGGCAGAGCAGUAUAAGCUGUGGUUCAGUUCUGGUGUGUCAAUCAUAUUUCCGAGCUUUAAUUUCAUUUCCCAGUGUCUGGUUUCCUAAGUGCAAUAGGUUAGUUGACGAAGUGUUCUUUUAGAAUUAGUUGUGGUUUCAGCAACAUUUCCCAGUGGGAUCACAGUAAGAGCCUAAGAUGGUCUCUGAUUCCUAUUGUUAUCAUGUUAUGUAUAGUCUGGUUUAGUAAUCUAAAUAAUAUUUGGGGAAGACUGAAAUUUGCUUGA